GCUCUGUAGCCGAGCAGGCUCGACAGGUUCCUUGUAAUGUACUCUGAGCGCUGCCGCUGGGUGCUGCGGUGGGAUCAGGCAAACUUCAUGCUGCGGUUAGCUCAGGGCCCGGAGCAGGGAGGAGCAGAAGGCUGAGCAGCGGGAGCUGCAGUGCUGAGUGCUUCCCAGGCUGGGCAGGACGACAGGCGGGUGGGCUAUUGUAGGACGAGGCACAAGUGCUACUGAAAGGCAAAUCUCUGCAGAUCCGGAAAAUCUCUGCAGAUCUGGCCCUGGACUGGAACUUAGGGCCGGGAAACACUAUGCUGUGUCCCUCCAGUACACUCCAGCCCUCAGGGAGGUGCUCAUGUCACUCAAAACUCACUGGCCAAUCACGGCCUUUAGUCUGACCUGCAAAGGAAAACAGGAGGGUUUUCCGGGUGGCCAGCUGCAGCUUCCGCUGUGUAGCUGAGCAGGCUUGAAUCUAUCCCUGUGAUGUACUCUGAGUGCUGCUGCUGGGUGCUUUGAGUGGACUCAGACAAGCUCCGAAGUCGGGACAUGGCUCAGAUCCUGGGAAAAACGGCCAAUGUGUCUGUUAAACAAAUCAAAGCAUACCUGCCUGUCGGAUUCUCUCAGCAUCCCUCAGUCCCCACCUGUUGCAGGGUAAUGGUUGGCAUACACUGUCCUCUAGCCCAGGAUUCAGUGACCUAUGAUGAUGUGAAUGUCAUCUUCACUCGGGAAGAGUGGGCCUUGCUGGAUUCUUCCCAGAAGAGUCUCUAUGAAAAUGUGAUGCUGGAGACCUACAAGAACCUCACUGCUAUUGGCUAUAAUUGGGAAGAGCAAACUACUGAAGAGCAUUCUCAACAUUAUAGAAGACAUGGAAGGCAUGAAAGAAAUCAUCAUGGAGAGAAACCAUAUGAAGGCAUUCAAUAUGGAGAAGCCUUUGCACAUCACAGUAGUCUCCAAAUACAGACAAGAACAUAUACUGGAGAGAAAUUCUAUGAGUAUAGCCAGUGUGAUAAAGACUUUGCAUGUCACAGUAGUCUCCGAGUUCAAAAGAGAACAUGUACUGGAGAGAAACCCUACAAAUGUAAUCAAAGUGAUAAGGUCUCUUCACAACACAAUCAUCAUAAAAAACAUAAAAGAAAAAGGGCUGGAGAGAAACUCUAUGAAUGUAACCAGUGCGAUAAAGCCUUUGCAUGGAAUGGUAGUCUCCUAAGACAUGAAAGAACACAUACUGGAGAGAAACCCUAUAAAUGUAACCAAUGUGGUAAAGCUUUUACCUGUCAUAGCAGUCUCCAAAUACAUAAAAGAACACAUACCGGAGAGAAACCCUAUGAAUGUAAUCAAUGUGGUAAAGCUUUUGCAUGUCUCAGCAGUCUACGAAUACAUAAAAGAAAACAUACAGGAGAGAAACCCUAUGAAUGUAAUCAAUGUGGAAAAGCCUUUUCAUAUCAUGGUAAUCUCCUCAGACAUAAACGAACACAUACUGGAGAGAAACCCUAUGAAUGUAAUGAAUGUGGCAAAGCCUUUUCAUGUCAUGGUAAUUUCCUCAGACAUAAACGAACACAUACUGGAGAGAAACCCUAUGAAUGUAACCAGUGUGGUAAAGCCUUUGGCCAGAACUCUCAUCUCCUAAGCCAUAAAAAAAUACAUACUGAAGAAAAACUGUAUGAUAGUAAAGAGUGUGGUAAAGCCCUUUCACAGCACAGUAGUCUCCCAAUACAUAAAUAAACACAUACCAGAGAGAAACCCUGUGAAUGUAACCAGUGUGGUAAAGCCUUUACACGGCACAGUAGUCUCCAAAUACAUAAAAGAACACAUACCGGAGAGAAACCUUAUGAAUGCAACCAAUGUGAUAAAGCUUUUACAUGUCACAGCAGUCUCCGUCUACAUAAAAGAAAACAUACAGGAGAAAAACCCUAUGAAUGGAAUCAAUGUGGUAAAGCCUUUGAAUGUCAUGGUUAUCUCUUAAGACAUGAAAGAACGCAUACUGGAGAGAAACCCUUUGAAUGUAACCAGUGUAGUAAAGCCUUUUCACAGCACAGUAGUCUCCAAAUACAUAGAAGAACACAUACUGGAGAGAAACUCUAUGAUUGUAAACAGUGUGGUAAAGCCUUUGCACGUAACAGUAAUCUCCAAGUACAUAAACGAAUACAUACUGGAGGGAAACCCUUUGAAUGUAACCAGUGUGGUAAAGCUUUUGUAUGUGAAAAAAGUCUCCAUAUACAUAAAAGAACACAUACGGGAGAGAAACCGUAUGAUUGUAAACAGUGUGGCAAAGCCUUUUCAUGUCAUGGUAAUCUCAUAAGACAUAAAAGGACACAUACUGGAGAAAAACCAUAUGAAUGUAACGAAUGUGGUAAAGCCUUUUCACAGCCCAGUCUUCUCCAAAAACAUAAAAGUACACAUACUGGAGAGAAAUCGUAUGAUUGUAAACAGUGUGGUAAAGCCUUUGCACGUAAUGAUCAUCUCCUAAGACAUAAAAGAACACAUAAUGGAGAGAAAUUCUUUGAAUGAAAUCAAUGUGGUAAAGCCUUUUCAUAGCACAGUAGGCUCCAAAUACAUAAAAGAACACAUUCUGGAGAGAAACUCUAUGAUUGUAACCAGUGUGUUAAAGCCUUUCACAAAACAGCUAUCUCCAUCUAUAUUAACAAAUACAUACUGUAGAGAAGCCUUUUAAAUGUAACCAUGGUGGUAAGGCCUUUUCAUGUCAUAGUCAUCUUCAGAAUCAUAAAAGAAUUCAUCCUGAAGAGAAACUCUAGAAAUAUUUUUAAUUUGGUGAAGGCUUUUAUCAUCAUAAUCAGGAAGGAAUUCAUACUGGAAUGAAACUUUAUGAAUACAUUUAAUAUGGUAAUGCCUUUGCACAUUUCUGCAGUCUUCAUCAUUUGAAAGUAUUCAUAGUAUUUAUAGAGAAAUUUGAUGAAUGUAAACCAUGUGGUAAAGCUUUUGUGUGAUGGCUUCUGUUGAGAUCCAACACAACUGAAACACUAGGUCAAAGCAAAUGAACAAGAAUUCGUUGUAAUUAAGGUGCUAGUGAUUGUUCAGGGCCACAGAACAUACUCAUAGACAUCUGUGCCUAAGUCACAGCUACCUGUUCCACCAAUCCAGAUUUAGGGAUAGAGGCUUUCUUUAUGUAGUUGACCUAUGUCCACUGAUACAGAAUGUAGGUUUUACAGCCUAACCACCCAUAACCACUUGUUCUUUUGUGGUUAGCAACAGGCAUUAUGCUUUAGGGAACAAAAGAGGAAUAAUGGAAGCUGAUCAGUUAGUGGAAAGCCUCCAUCACCCCUAAGGCCUAGGAAAGUGAACUCAGUUUCUCCCUAUGAAUAAAUGGAGGACGUAACAAAAAGGUAGUAUUUAUGGCACAUUUCUUUUGCUUUCUCCUAACAGUUGCAUACCACAUUUAUCUUCGAACAUAUAAAAGAACAUAUCCUGUACAGAAACCCUAUGAAUAAGCAAUGUAUUAAACCUUUUCAUGUAGCAGCAGACUUAAAAAUCAUGAGAUAAGUCAUCCUACAGAGACACUCAUAAAUGUAACCAGUUUAGAAAUGAUACUUAAUGGUAUCUUUAUAAAAAAGUAAAACCUUUGGUGUGUAAUCAAUCUGUUAAAGGGUUUGCAUAUCAUAGUAGUCUUUGAGCAUUUUAAAGAACUCAUACUGAAGGAGACCUUUGUCUAUAAAUGAUUUUCUAAAAUCUUUAGCCAUACUCAGUUACACAAGAUUAUUCUGGAGGAUAAAAGUGACAAGUGUCAAUAAUUUAUUCAAACAAUAUGAUGUCUGUUUUUACUUUGUUUUCACUUGCAAACUCAUAUUGACAAAAGCUUAGAGAACUUAAACUAGGUGACCAUUUUAGAUUUCAGAAUUCUCUUUCAUUAUAUCAAAUAACUCAUCCAGGUGUAAAACUUUAUGGGUGUGUAUUAGUGCCUUUGGUGUUGUUGUGAUAAAACACAAUGUCUAAGACAAGUCAUGAAAGAGUUUAGUUUGGCUUAUGGUUCUAGAAGGAUGUGGGAUCGCCAUGAAAGUGACAAGGCAGCAAGUGUCAUACAUGGGAGCUAAAGCCAGGAGCUUAGAGUUCGCAUCCUCAACCAGCAGCACUUAGCAGAAAGUGUGAAGUAGAAGAGGUGUAUGGAAGUAAACUCUCAAGCCCACACAUUGUGGCAUGUUUCCUCUAGCAGGGCACAAUUUCCAAAAUCGUCCCAAAUGAUAACUCCACCUGAGAAGCAUUAAUUUUUAUGACUGCAAGGCUACAUGCAUGAACCAGUUUCUGUUGCAAGAACCAGUUCUGUUGCAUGAACCAAGGCUGUUGUGUAUGCAUAUGCACAGUUCAAAAUGAGAAAAAUCUCUGUCAGUUACAGGAAUAAAUGCUUACACAAGAAAAACAGUGAGGAAUAAACUUUUGUUUCACAAAUUGUA